AUGUGGUGGUGGUGGUGGUGGUGGGGGUGGGGUGGGGGUGGGGGUGAAAGAGAUAAAGGUGAAGGUGAUGGUGGUGUUGAAGGUGGAGCUAGUGGUUGUAGUAGUGGUGGUGGUAGGGAUGGCGGUUGUGGAGGUGGAGCUGGUGGUGGUGAUGGCAGCAUGGUGGUGGUGGUGGUGGCAGCGGAGGAUGAGGAGGAGGAGGAGGAGGAGGAUGUGGUGGUGGUGGUGAUGUUUGCAGUGGUUGCAUAG